AUGACGACUCCAGGGCAUAUGGAUGCGGAGGUGGUCGCGCAAGCCAAAGUUGACAAUGCUGCGUACACCUUCUCACCCAUCGAGAAAGAGUUGGGUCGCGGUUCGAUCGAUAAGGGCCGCCGCACUUCCAUCAUCGAUCCAAUUGAUGAGGAUGAAUCAGAGAACAUUACUGAGGAAGAACUCCUCACACUAAGACGUGUGUCGGGCAAGAUUCCCUGGCAAGCGUACACGCUGGCUUUCGUCGAGCUGUGCGAGCGUUUCUCAUACUACGGUUCCACUGUUGUCUACACCAACUUCAUCCAGCAACCACUCCCCGAGGGCUCGACCACAGGUGCCGACGAUGAGCAGCCAGGUGCACUAGGCAAGGGCCAGCGUGCUUCGACCGGUCUGGUCACAUUCAAUCAGUUCUGGGCAUAUCUCAUGCCUCUACUCGGUGCAUACAUCGCCGAUGCCCAUCUCGGUCGCUACAAGGCGAUCCACAUUGCCAUCGCCUUUGCUAUGGUCGGCCACAUCGUUUUGGUCGCCUCUGCUGCCCCUUCUGUGCUGAAGAACCCAAACAGUGCGCUUGGUGCCUUCAUCAUCGGUCUUCUGGUUCUCGGAAUCGGCACUGGUCUGUUCAAGAGCAACAUCUCACCGCUUCUUGCCGAGCAACAGACUACUCUGCGGAAAAAGAUCGUGACUCUGCCCAAGACUGGCGAGCGCGUUAUCGUUGAUCCGGCAGUCACCACUGCUCGCAUGUUCCUCUGGUUCUACGUAUGCAUCAACAUUGGAUCGCUCGUUGGACAGAUUGGCAUGGUCUUCGCCGAGAAGUACGUUGGCUUCUGGCUUUCAUUCCUGCUGCCGACCAUCCUCUUCGCUUGUUGCCCAGUCGUUCUGGUGAUCUGCAAGAAACGCUACAGACUCACGCCACCCACCGGAUCCGUCUUCGGCAAGUUCUGGAAGAUGUGGACGUAUGCUAUGAAGGGCAAGUGGUCAAUCAACCCUGCCACAACCUACAAGAACUUCCACGCGCCCGGCUUCUGGGACAGGGUUCGCCCCUCGAUGGUUCCUGAGAGCGAGCGUAAGCCCUGGAUGACAUAUGACGAUGCAUGGGUAGACGAGGUCCGCCGUGGUCUGAAAGCAUGUGCUGUCUUCCUGUACAUGCCGCUCUACUGGCUCGCCUAUGGCCAGAUGACUGGCAAUCUCGUCUCCCAAGCAGCUACUAUGCAGCGCCACGGUGUGCCCAACGACAUCAUCCAGAACCUCAACCCUAUCUCGAUCAUCAUCAUGAUCCCAAUGAUGGACUUCAUAGUCUACCCUGCCUUCCGCAAAUUCCGUAUCCAAUUCACCCCGAUUAAGCGUAUGGCCACCGGUUUCGCCUUUGCCGCCACCUCGAUGGUCGCCGCUGCCGUCACGCAGCACUACAUCUAUCAGAAGUCCGUCUGUGGCAAGUAUGCAUCCGGCACGCUGCCCGACGGUGAGACUCCCUGCCCGGAGGCCCCCAUCAACGUCUGGGUUCAGGCCCUGCCAUACGUCUUUGUCGGUAUCUCCGAGAUCUUCACCAACGUCACUUCCCUGGAGUACGCCUUCACCAAAGCUCCCGCUAACAUGCGCUCGCUGGUCAUGUCCAUCAACCUGCUCCAGAACGCUUUCAGCUCUGCUCUGGCGCAGGCGUUCACAAGUAUGUCUGCGGAUCCCCUAUUGGUGUGGAACUACACCACCGUGGCGAUCCUGGCCGGGCUUGGUGGCGUGGCAUUCUGGUUCAACUUCCACCAUCUGGAUAGGGAGGAGGAUAAGUUGAACAUGCUGCAGACUUCCGCAUACAGAGGCAAGAGGCUAGUGUGUCUGCCCCAGACACGGAGGCCCACAACCUUUCGAAUGUGGAGUCGGCGCAGCCUGAGACUGUCAACACCAAGGCAUAAGCAUAAGUAUUGA